GCUUUAGUAAACUCGUCUCAUAAAACUGCAAGGUGCGUUCAUUUCACCGGCGCGUGCGCCGCCAGUCUCGCUGCAGCCGUCCUCGUUCGCGCACGCGUACUCCCGAUCAGUGGCCUGUGACAGUGACAUGGUUUUGUGCUUUGAACGGAUUCAGUUACGUUGUUUUUGUUAGCACGGUGCGUGUGUAGCAGGCGCGCCGCGUGCGGUGAUGCGCCGCGAGCGCCCGGGACCGACACAUGAAUGCCCGCGCACCAGGUGUGCUUGUGAUGACAUGGUGGUGGGCGCUCGCGCUGCUGGCGCUGGCGCCGCCCGCCCGCCCCGCGCCCCGGGCGGGCAACGGUGAGCAAUUUUACAGUUACCAAAUGUCGCGCAAGGUGUGCACAGCGGGCGGGGCGCGCGGAGCGUGCAUGUGGGUGCAGGAGUGCAACAGAGCGGGCGGCACGCACGCGGGGGUGUGUGUCGACGGCUUUAUGUUCGGGAGCUGCUGUAGGCUGCCGGACCGGCCUGUUAUCGAUACACAGAGCCCAGUUACGGUCACGGAGAAACCGUAUUCAACGCCAUCUAGCGGCCGAAGCACGACCACGCUUCCCCCCGAGACGACGCACACGAUAGCUCGGCCUAACUGGCAGACCCAGCGCCCGUCGUUCAUGACAAAACCGAUAGAUGGCGCGCCAACCUCCUACAGCUACCGGCCGCCAGAAAUCCACCCUUCAUUAGGAAAUUUAGAUUCAAGUAGCGAACAAAAUAGUGAUAUAGUUAAUAAAAUAAAUUAUAACAGUGUAAAUAAGUACCAAAAUGUAAAUAGGCCGAGCGAAGUGGAAACUAGUCCCCACAACAAGAUUUCGUCUAGUCUUAGUAAUAUACUGAGUGGCGCGCGCCCUAUGGCCGUGUCCGACCAACACAAUGAGAACAGCAUCUCUGCAGCCCAAUUCAUGUCGCGCCCAAGCAACGCGAACACCGUCCACUGGCAGGCGACAACGCAACCCUCCUUCGUGACGAAGCCGCGGCCAUCUUGGGAGAAGCCGGCCAAGCCGAAACCGACCAAGAAGUUCACGACCACAGCCAAACCGCAUAAGAAGAAGGAUCAGAAUAAACCGGAGACCACGCAGGCGCCGUCGACGACGGCUGCCACUAACAGUGUUGAAUGCGGGGUCACAGCAAUGUGGCCGCGCCCAGAGAUGAGGAUAAUGGGCGGCAAGGACUCCAGCUUCGGGCGGUGGCCGUGGCAGGUCUCAGUCAGGAGGACGUCUUUCUUCAGCUUCUCUUCGACGCACAGAUGUGGUGGGGCCAUCAUCAAUGAGGGCUGGAUUGCUACCGCUGGCCAUUGUGUUGAUGACCUUCUAACCUCACAAAUCCGAAUACGAGUCGGCGAAUACGACUUCUCCUCAGUAUCCGAGCAAUACCCCUUCGUGGAGCAAGGAGUGGCCCGGAAAGCCGUCCACCCGAAAUACAACUUCUUCACCUACGAAUAUGACCUGGCUCUGGUCAAACUGGAGUCGACGUUGGUGUUCGCGCCGCAUAUCUCUCCGAUUUGUUUGCCGGCGACGGAUGAUUUGCUGGUGGGGGAGAAUGCGACGGUGACGGGGUGGGGAAGAUUAUCGGAGGGUGGUGUGCUGCCGUCUAUUUUGCAAGAGGUCCAAGUUCCAAUAGUGUCGAAUGACCGCUGCAAGUCCAUGUUCCUGCGAGCUGGCAGACACGAGUUCAUUCCCGACAUCUUCCUCUGCGCCGGCCACGAGCGCGGGGGACACGACUCCUGCCAGGGGGAUUCAGGGGGACCACUACAGGUGAAAGGCAAGGAUCAGCGUUACUUCCUAGCCGGCAUAAUAAGUUGGGGCAUCGGGUGCGGCGAGGCGAACCUCCCCGGGGUCUGCACCAGGAUCUCCAAGUUCGUGCCCUGGAUCCUUCAGACCGUGAACUCUUAGGCCCGUGUGCGAACGGGACGCCGCUAUACACGUGCUGUCCCUCUCACAAGGUAUCGGUGUGAUAAGCGCGUUAGUUUGAAAACCAAUUAAAACUUCGCCAGAUGCGGUGUUUGAGCGAAGCGGACUUUUAAAAAGAGUUUACCUAAUGAUAGGUAUUGGAAUAAAAUUGUUGAAAU